CUGGCUCCAGCGUUUGAUGCUCUGGGCAUACCCGACACUCGAGUGGAGGCUGCGACUGGCCUUUGGGGCCCUGCUGCAGGACACCGCACAGACUUGAAUGACUCUGGAUGUCACAGAGUGGGGAUUGGAGCCAGGUCCCUUUCCUCGCGGGGUGAUCCUCUGCCCUCUGUUCAUUUCUUCAUGCAGAUAGCCCUCCGCCAGGUGGUGAAUGGUGCAGGCUCCAGAGCCAGACUGCCGGGGCUCAAAUGCCAGCUCUGUCACUUGUCAGCUGUGUGACUGUGGACAAGCCACUUUUUUUUUUCUUUUUCUUUUGAGGGGGGCAGAACUUGGGGCAUAUGCCUUUAUUAGUGGCCAUGGAUGAAGGGCCGUGGGCUACCAGGCGAAGUGUGGCUACAUCAUUCGAAUCAAAGUGAAAGAGAUGGACACAACGUUGUAAAUCAACUAUAGUUUGACAGUCUUUUCCAAAAUCCAAAGGAGCAGGAUUUUGUAAGCUGAAGGGUUACACGAGCAGAGGGACCUGGGAUUCUGGACAUCUGUGGAUCCCAGGGCUGCUGGGGAAGACAGCAGGAGCUCACCUUUCUUGUGAGUUUGCAGACUGUUAUCGAGUGCAGAUGUUCACAGAAACGGCUGGUGUCCGUUCACGUUGCCUGCAGGCUGUCUGGCUACAUGAAAUAAUUCCCGAGAGAACUGCAUCACGGUGCAGUUUAGCCGCUGAGACCUCCGCACCACGUUCUGCCUCUGCGGGUUUGACUUAUUUCAGAUUCCUCGUGUAAACAAGCAUAAGUCUCAAUGGGAGAAGAAAACCACAGCUUCGUGGCCGAGUUUGUCUUCCUUGGCCUUUCUCAGGACGUGCAGACCCAGCUCCUGCUGUUCAUUCUUUUUCUCACCAUUUAUCUGCUGACCGUGCUGGGAAACCUGCUCAUCAUCAUUCUCAUCUUCCUGGAUCCUCGACUUCACACGCCCAUGUACUUUUUUCUUAGAAACCUGUCUUUCGCAGACCUCUGUUUCUCUACCAGCAUCGUCCCCCAGGUGUUGGUCCACUUCCUGGUGAAGAGGAAAACCAUUUCUUUUUCGGGGUGUAUGGCCCAGAUAAUCGUCUUCCUUCUGGUUGGGUGUGCCGAGUGUGCCCUGCUGGCGGUCAUGUCCUAUGACCGCUAUGUGGCCGUCUGCAAGCCCCUGCGCUACGCCACCGUCAUGACCCAACAAGCGUGUCUCCGGCUGGCCGUGGGGUCCUGGGCCGGCGGCGCCCUGGUGUCUCUGGUGGACACCACCUUUACUUUCCAACUUCCCUAUCAAGGACGGAACGUGAUCAAUCACUACUUUUGCGAGCCCCCUGCCCUCCUGAGGCUGGCUUCAGCAGACACCCACGAGACCGAGACGGCCAUCUUCGCAAUGGGCGUGGCCAUCCUCCUGGCGCCUGUCGCCCUCAUCCUCGUCUCCUACGGGAACAUCGUCUCCGCCGUGAUCCAGAUGCAGUCUGGGGCGGGGAGGCUCAAAGCUUUCUCUACCUGUGGCUCCCAUCUCAUUGUCGUCGUCCUCUUCUACGGCUCAGGAAUAUUCGCCUACAUGCGGCCAAACGCCAGGACCACGAAAGAGCAGGAUAAGACGAUCUCUGUGUUCUACACAGUGGUCACCCCAAUGCUGAACCCCAUCAUUUAUAGCCUGAGGAACAAGGAGGUCAAAGGAGCUCUCAGGAAACUCGCUGGAAGAAAGUCCUUUUCUCGGAGGCGGUGACCUCCAGGUCUGAUUUUAAGGUAACGUUCUUAAAAGAGGAGCAGGCGUUCCGUCGACACUUAUGAAUUAGGUCAUUUCAAGGAGAUGCGUAAAAGUAAGGGACUUGGGCCAGAACCUGUGAAUACACCACCCUAAACACAGGGGAGAAAUAAAAGGAUGAAAAGUGAGGUUACUGCUUGAUGAUGGAAGUAUGAAGUACUCUUUUGAAGGAGAUUUUGGUUAAUUCAGCUGAUGUGGACGUAUUUUAAAUAUGAUCACCCUUAAAUCUAAGAGGUUUGUUUAAACUGAAUUAUCCUGAGAUAACACCUGAGGUGUAUACGUGAUUCUAACAUUAAAGACAUUUCAAGUUUGGAUGUCCCAGUGGUACAAAUAUUGAAAUCGUCUCUGAUCAAAAUCACCAAUGUAUUUGGAAGUCUUUAUCACUGGGGUCACUCAUGUCCCAGAGCAUUUCAGCCUGAGAAAGGGUCCUAGAGGCCACGCUCCUUCCAAGUUCAUGAUGUUCUUUCCGGAAAGCUCCAGAAAAUGAGUUUUUGGUAUCAUCACCCCAAAAUCCACAUAAGCACAGACUAUCCGAGUGAAAAGGGAUUUCAGCAUCUAACCCAAACUUGUGAGCUUCCUCCAAUGAUCUCAAGCAUUCCUUCCCACGGUCAUAUCUUAAAUACUGCCACGACCUAUUUAAAUACAACCUAGCCUUGCCAUCCCCCCGUCCAAAUGCUGGAAUCCUGAGCAAAGUAAAAUUAUUGCUGUUUUGGGGCACUAAGUGUUGAGAUGGUUUCUUAUGCAGCAAUGGAUAACUGAAACUCUGAGAGAGUCAUGCGCCACCCCAUUCAAAGAGAUGCCUGUGGGGCUUUUUCACAUUCGGGAGAAGAACUCCUACCUCUCCUGCCUUGGACAGUGAAAGCGCCAAGAAGCUCCUAGAGAAAAUUUUAAUAGCACAAAAUCAUAAAAAGUUGAUCAGAGUUUUUAGUUGCAGUCACAGAAACUGACGAUGCAUGAUUUAAGCUAAAAGGAACAAAUAGUGAAUAAGGGCAGUUUGGAUCCCGCAACCUGAACUACCCAAAUCAUGAUCACGCGGGGC